AUGGGGAACAACCACUCAUCGGCCUCCAAGUCGCCGGCGCCGGCUGCUGCUGGUGCAGGCGCUUCCCCGCAGACGCAUCAGACGCCGACGCAGACGACUUCGGCCGACAAAGUCAACCAGCAACAACAUCAGCAGCAGCACAGUCAACACCAAGGCAGCCCGCAUCACCACGAUUCCGCCCGCGGCAGCCAACGCAGGGACGGCCGCAACAUCAUCGCCGCCCACACGACGCACCGCUCGGCCGCGCCUCCGGAGGCGUCGCUGGCCCUCGCCCAGGGCUCGACCGUCGCCAACCGGCCGAGGAGCAGCCUGCCGGGCACCGCCGUUUCCUCCCUCAGCGGCUCUCCGCUCAGCAAUCUCUCGUCCACGCCGGCGGCCGGGUCGAAAGCCAUCCCCGCGCGGGACGAGCCCUCGAAACCGGUCGACGUGCCCGUCGAGCCGUCGCCCCUCCGCACCGCCCACCGCGAGCCGCCCCAGGCCGACGGCCAUCUCGUCUCCAACAGCAGCAUGACCGACAUGUACCUCCGAGGGCCGCCGCGCCUGCCCCUACCCAUCGACGAGGAAGUUCACACGCCGGGGUCCCCGAUCCUGGCCCCCGACGAGGACCUGGGCGACGUCGAGCUCGGGGAGUGCUCCGACGGCUUGACAAGAAAGAGUUCCGCCGUGAGCCAGAACACGCUGGACGAGGACGAGGACGAGGAGCUGCGGGUCGACAAAACGAGGCCCGUGGUCCCGACGAGGCUCGAAUGGAAUCGCGGCGGUGAAAAGGUCUACGUCACCGGCACCAUCUUCCAGUGGAACCGGAAGCAGAGGUUACAUCCUGUCGAGGGCAAGCCGGGAUGCUUCGCCGCGACGAUCCACAUACUGCCCGGAACGCACCAUGUUCGCUUCCUCGUCGACGGGAUCAUGCAGACGUCGCAGGAUCUGCCCACGACGGUCGACUUUGGCAACAAUUUGGUCAAUUACAUCGAGGUCAGCCCGGACGAUGUGCCUGCGGCCCAGAAGCGCCCGGCCCGGCCCGGCGGCGGGUCGGGGAGUGCUUCGCGAACCAGCUCGCAGGCAAAGGACCAGCCCAGGGCACCGAGGGGCAAGGCCGUCGACCCGCCGGAAAGCUACCACAGCGCGAUCCCUCAGUACCUGGUCGACUUUGACCAGCCCGAGGAGUCUUUGGCGUACAGGAACGCCGUGUCGGCCAUCGAGAAGCUGCCGACGCCGCCGAGCCUGCCGGGCUUCCUCGGCAAGCCGAUCCUCAACGCGGCGACGCUCAUGAAGGACGACAACAGCGUGCUCAACAUGCCCAACCACACGGUGCUGAACCAUCUGGCGACGAGCAGCAUCAAGAACAACGUCUUGGCCGUCUCGGCGACGACCAGAUAUCACAGCAAGUACGUCACCACCAUCAUGUACAAGCCGACCUCGGCAGACGAGGGCUAA